AUGGUGAUAGGUGAUUUUGAUCAUGAUUUCCAAGAAUUUGAACGUUUUGUAAAACUAAUACCUAAUCUUAAAUGUCUAUCAAUAUGUAGCGGUGUUGGUCAAAAUAUUCUUGAUGCUCAUCGAUGGGAAUGCUUGAUCACUUCAUCAUUACCUCAACUGGAAACAUUUCAUUUUAGAUUCAGUUGUGAUAGUAUGGAUGCCGACGAUAACAUCCUGGAGAUAUUUCAACGAUUUCAAAGUGAUUUUUGGCAUAGAGCUCAUAAUUGGCACACGGAAUGUCUAUUAACCAGUGACAACAGAUGGAUUUGUACGAUACCAUGUCCAUUAUAUCGAUGUAAAUUAGCGGUUUACACAAAUUCAAGUAGUUAUUUUGUUAUGCCAGCAGAUUCGAGGGACACUCAAGAUUUCAUAUCAAAAGAAAAAAGAAUUCCUAAACCAAAGGAAUGUCAUUUUUACAGAAUUACUUCAUUAACAUUUGGGGAUUAG